AUGUUAGUUCAUUACCUCCUAGAAACUAGGAUUAGGGGCCGCGAACAUGAAGUUUCGCCUGCGAGUUUCCACACCACACUGCUCAAGUCUCAGACCUACACUUUACCCAUGCUAUUCACAGCCAAAGAACGGAAGAAGGUUGAAAGUCUCCGACAGAAAUACAGAAUUGAAUUCCGCGGAGAGGUGCCAAGCCAUAAAUGGCCCGAUAGCCAUCGUCGGAUUUUUAUCGCGGUUGAUAAGCUAGGAAAGCGGCAAUUCGACACCUAUGCGGCUUAUACGAUAGCUAUUGAAGAUGCACUAUAG